GCGAUUCUGCUGGAUUGAAUACAUGCGCGAGGUUUAGUCAGAGGGUACAAAUACUUGAAAGUACAUUUAUCUGUGUUCAUAGUACGCUAGGCGUGUUAUUGGAAGUCUACCAGUCGACAGCCACGCAAGAGCCGUAUCGCGAGAAAGCACGAGAACAUGGAUGCAAGACAACAAAAAUAAAUUUGUGGACAGCAAGCCAGAGUGCAUGAUGGCGGCGUCGCUGCUGCGCCGGGACAAGAAAGCCACUGCCGCCCACUUUAAGGCAGACUUAAACCGUACUGACAAUAGCUCCGGGGUCCGACAACUGCAGGAGCUGCUUGAUGUGGUGCUAAAUCCCGAGAAACCAGCAGCGGACACAGAGGCUCUUGACUGGUGUAAAUGUCUCAUUGCUGGAGGGGAAGGUUUCGAGGAGUUCUGCGUAACGGUGCGGUCCUAUGACAACGCGACUCUGUGCGGCUUGGUGUGGACGGCUAAUUUCGUGGCAUAUCGAUGCCGGACGUGUGGCAUAUCACCCUGCAUGUCGCUGUGUGCUGAGUGCUUUAAUAAUGGAGACCACACCGGCCAUGAUUUCAACAUGUUCAGGAGCCAGGCUGGUGGGGCCUGUGACUGUGGAGACAGUAAUGUCAUGCGAGAGAGUGGAUUUUGCAGACGACAUCGGUUGAAAACUGGCGAAAAUGUCCCUUCAAUACCUCAAGACCUUCUCUUGAUGUCUGAGAUGGUCCUUCCACGCUUCAUUCAAUGUAUCAUACAGUAUCUGAGGGAUGGAUAUGUUGAACCAGACACUUCAACGGACAGAGAUCUACAGACUGUCCUUCAGCAGCUAGAGCCUCAGAUCUCUUUCCUGGAGGAGCUAACAAAGAUGGGCGGCGCAAUGAGGACUGUACUGACGAAGAUCUUGACCAAUCUGCAGACAUUCAAAGAGCUGAGCAUGGGCCAAGAGGAGAAUUUGUACGCCAAAAAGAACUAUGACAAAUACUUGUCAGCGUUAAAGAAUUCAGGUCUGGUGUCUGUGGAGGAGAAAGCCCAAGGUGCUACUGCUGAUGUCACUGUCGGUGCUGAAGGAGGUGCAGGUGCAAUGGCCCUUUUAGGAUCUGCUGCACCAGGGAGCCCAGAUGAGUCUAUUAAAGAGGAUGACCAAGAUGCAGGACAGUCGGUUGGUCAGAGGAAGAGGGUUAAGCUGAGUAGCAGUACCAAAGACCCAAGGAUUAUUGAAUCUUUGAAGCAUAAAUGCUUUCUGGAGGAGUUGCUUUUUUGGACUAUAAAAUAUGAGUUUCCCCAAAAGAUGGUCACCUUCUUACUAAACAUGUUGCCAGAUCAAGAUUACAAGAUCAAUUUUACAAAAACAUUUGUUCAACAUUAUGCAUUCAUCAUGAAAACACUGAUGAAAAGCCACGAGUCAGACACCAUGUCCAACCGCAUUGUACAUAUUAGUGUUCAGCUGUUCAGCAACGAGGAGCUGGCUCGACACAUGACAGAGGAGUGUCAUCUACUGGAUAUAAUGGUCACAGUCCUCCUCUACAUGAUGGAGAGUUGCCUUAUUAAAAGCGAACUCCAAGAUGAAGAGAGCAGUCGUCAUGUUGUGGUGAACUGCAGUGAGGCACUGCUAAAGAACAACACGUACUGGCCAUUAGUUAGUGACUUCAUCAACAUCCUCUCACAUCAAAGUGUAGCAAAGAAGUUCCUGGAGGACCAGUCAUUGUUGAUGCUCUGGAUGAGCUUUGUGUCAUUUUUUCAGGGUAUGAACCUGAAUAAGCGGGAGUUAAAUGAACACGUGGAAUUUGAGUCUCAGACAUACUAUGCAGCAUUUGCAGCAGAACUUGAGGCAUGUGCACAACCAAUGUGGGGUCUCUUAACACACUGCAAAGUCAAAGAGACUCAGGAAUAUACUAAAACUGUGGUACGCUACUGUUUGGAGACCCUUCAGAUCUGGUUUGAUGCCAUUGGCUUUAUUGAUGAGCCUGCUCUAAAUCAGGUUACGUUUCACCUGCCACUGCACCGCUACUAUGCUAUGUUCCUCAGUAAGGCUAUAAAGUGCCAAGGCCUGGACUUGGACAGCCUCCUUCCUGAUCAAGAGAUGCUGAUGAAGAUCAUGGUGCAUCCGCUCCAAAUCCAGGCGUGCCUGUCGGAGAUCCACAGCAACAUGUGGGUCAGGAAUGGCCUCCAGAUCAAAGGUCAGGCUAUGACCUAUGUGCAGUCACAUUUCUGCAACUCGAUGAUUGACCCAGACAUCUAUUUGCUCCAGGUUUGUGCAUCAAGGCUUGAUCCCGACUACUUUAUCUCAAGUGUUUUUGAGAGGUUUAAAGUGGUUGACCUUUUGACCAUGGCGUCUCAGCAUCAGAAUGCGGUGUUAGACUCUGAGCAGGAGAGACCGAUGCUUGAAGGAGCUCUGACUUUCUUGGUCAUACUAACGAGCCUUCGUAUACAUUUAGGGAUGACGGACGAUGAGAUCCUUCGGUCUGAGAUGGUCUCACAGUUGUGUAUGAAUGACCGUACACACAGUGCACUUUUGGACCUUAUUCCUGAGAAUCCCAACCCCAAAAGUGGCAUCGUCCCAGGGAGUUGUAGUUUUGAGGAGAUGCUCUCUGGUGUGGCCGACUUCAAAGCCCCAGUGUUUGAGCCUGGAGGCUCCAUGCAGCAGGGCAUGUACACACCAAAAGCGGAGGUGUGGGAAAAUGAGUUUGACCCCAUCAUGGUCAUCCUCAGAACAGUCUAUCGACGUGAUGUCCAGUCAGCAAUGGACAGAUACUCAGCAUUUUUGAAGCAGUCUGGUAUUCACACCGGCAAUCCUUGGCCACCGUACAAGGAGAGGACACCUUUGCACCCGUGUUACAAAGGCCUCAUCAAGCUGUUGCACUGCAAGACACUACACAUUGUGAUAUUUACUCUCCUUUACAAGAUAUGGAUGGAUCAUCAGAACAUGUCGGAGCAUGUGCUCUGCAUGGUGCUGUACCUGAUUGAGCUUGGCUUAGACAACCAAGUUCAAGACAACAAGGGAGAUGAGGAACCUUGCAUUGAGGAGCACUGCCAUGACAGCUGGUUCCCUGGCACCAACCUCCUCUCCAACCUGCACCAUGUCAUCAAUUUUGUGAGGGUUCGGGUUCCUGAGACGGCUCCUGAAGUGAAGAGGGAGGCCCCUCCUAGCACCAGCACUGAAGCUUCUUCUUAUGGCCAGAACUCCAGACGUCUGUCAGGGAAUUGGAGAGAGAACCUCCGUGAGGCUCAGAUGUUCAGUCUUGUGGCAGAGCGCAGGAGGAAGUUCCAAGAAAUAAUCAACCGCAGCAACAGUGAAGCCACCCAGGUCAUCAGGCCCAAGAGCUCCACACGCUGGGUCCCCCCAGGGACACCUCCACAGUUGGUGACGGAGAUCCUGGAAAUCAGAGAAAGCAUGCUGUCCCUCCUCAUCAAGCUCCACCAGAAAAUGUCAUCCAGACAGAACUCUCUGUCGGCAUCCUGGCUAGAGGAUAUGGACACGAGCCGCCAUGCUCAUGGAGAUGGUAUUACAGCUAUUGAGAGAAUCCUCACAAAGGCAGCCACUCGCAGCUGCCAAAUCAAGCGUAGCAUCCAGGACAUUUGUGGAAAGGUGUGUCCUCCAGUGCCACCAAAGAAGAGCAGUCCCUCUGACAAGAAAACCAUGGAUAAAGAAGAGAGGCGUCAGAGGGCUAGAGAAAGACAGCAGAAACUGCUUGCUGAAUUUGCCUCCAGACAGAAGAGUUUCAUGGAAACGGCUAUGGAUGUUGAAUCCCCAGACACUGAGGCGGCCAUGGAUGUAGGGGCAUCUGAAGUAAUGGAGUCUGAGGUUCUUUACGAAUGUGUGAUCUGUGGCCAAAGUGGACCCUCCACUGAGGACCGUCCCAUUGGCCUUGUAGUUCUCCUGCAGGCAUCUUCAGUCCUUGGGCAUCGCUGCAAAAACAAAGAGGCAAAGGAUUUACCAACGACUGAUGAAGAGCACAUCUACCCUGCAGACACAUGUGGAGUGGCUCACGAUGUCAGACUCACGCUGAUGCAAAGAUUCUUCAAAGAUAGUUCUUGUCUGCAGUCCGUGUCAAUAGGUUGGGAUGGAGGCGUCUACGUCCAGACCUGUGGACACACUUUGCAUAUAGAUUGCCACAAGUCAUACAUGGAGUCACUGAGGAACGACCAGGUCCUCCAGGGUUUCUCUGUCGACAAGGGUGAAUUUACGUGUCCCCUCUGUCGACAGUUUGCUAAUAGCGUCCUUCCCUGUCGCCCUGGGCGGGGCACAGAGGGUGGAGCCUGGCAUGCACCCACAAACAAGAAGACAGGUGUGCUUGUAAAGGAAGUAGAAGAUCUUCAGGAGAGACUCGGUCCUUUCCCUACGGAGUCCAACUUAAGUAAAGAGAUGGAGCUGGUUAUCAAAGACAUCAAGAACACCACUCAGAAGAAAUACAUGGACUAUGGCAGGAACCCUGGCUCUCCUGAUAAUGAUUUUCUCUUCAUGUACUCCGUAGCAAGGACCAACCUGGAGUUGGAGCUUGUGCAUCGGGGUGGAAACUUGUGUUCUGGAGGAGCCAGUGCAGCAGCCAAACGCUCGUGUCUCAAUCAGCUGUUCCAUGUGCUGGCCAUGCACAUGCGUUUGUACAGCAUUGAUUCAGCCUAUAACCCCUGGACUAAGCUGACUCAGAUUACACAAAGCAAAGAGGCGGAUAGCUUUGAUGAAGAGAGACCCGAGGUGCCCAUGCUGUUUCGAGAUGUCCCGUCCCUCCUGAUCAUCUUUGUGCUAACGAUGCCACAGCCUCUGCGAAAAGAACACUUUACCUGUGUAGUGAGGAUGCUGUUCAACCUGCAGUUCACUCAGGCCCUCGCUGCUCUGUCAGCCAAGUUCAGCCCAGAGGAACGACAGGCCUGGAGCACAUCUGGAGCACUCAAGAAGAAUGCUGCAAAUGCCGAGAAGUCUUUCGAAGUGCUGCUCAGUCAUGCCACCAGUGAGCUCUCCAAGAACAAAAGCAUCUACAAGGUGAACACUGAAGAAACCUCAAUGCUGAGCUCAAGUGUGUGGUCCCCACAGUCUAUCGAGUUCAGCCUCCAGCAGUUCUGCCUGCCUUUUCUUCGCCUCUCCUGCCUCCUGCAGCAUCACCUCUAUGGAGAUAAUCUGACUGGCUGCUUGGAGGAGGAGGAGUUCUCAUGCUUGGCCGUGUGUUUGGGGCUCUUACCCUCGGCCACGCAGCCUUCCAACACUGUGCAUAGUGCCUCGUGUCUGGAGUGGACAGUCAGCGCCUUUGAAUUGAUGUCACAGUGGUGUGCCGAAGUGACAGGGCUCUCUCAGUUGCAGUAUGAGCAAUCAUCGACCUUGGUCGUUCAGGAUCCUCAGUGGGCAGCCCCUCGCCUUUUGCACCUACCUGACAACUACAAUAUCAUCUUCCAGUACUAUCACAGGAAGGCCUGCACUUCCUGCAAAAAGGUGCCAAAAGACCCUGCACUCUGCCUUGUUUGUGGCGCCUUUGUCUGUCUCAAAGGCGGGUGUUGUAAACAGCAGGGUAUUUGUGAAUGUGUUUUGCACUCGCAACACUGUGGCGCAGCCACAGGCAUCUUUCUACUGAUAAAUGCCUCCGUCAUCAUCAUCAUCCGUGGACAUCGCUUCUGCCUGUGGGGUUCAGUUUACCUCGAUGCCCAUGGAGAGGAAGACCGUGAUUUACGCCGUGGCAAACCUCUCUUCUUAUGUGAAGAGAGGUAUCGAGUGUUGGAGCAACAGUGGGUUUCACACACCUUUGACCACAUCAAUAAGCGUUGGGGGCCUCACUAUAAUGGACUCUAAGAUCUUCCAAAGUCCACUGAAACAGCAACCCGAGACGAGGAAGAAUCUCUUUUCAGGCUUGUGUGUCUGCCUCCAUUAAAAUAUUUGGGGAGCUCUCAACGUGAUGAACACAAACCUACGGAGAGGGUUUUUGCUGCCACAGCCUUGGUUUAUGUGAAGUUUGGUGUACAAUCACUUGUGUGUGUUUAAGCGAUUUAUUGUGUGGUUUUCAACAGGGAAAAAACAAAAACAGAAUUUGGUCUGAUCAAAUUUAAAAGCACAAAUUUGCCCAAAAUUUGAAAUACUUUGCCUCAUGCUUUUGAAGCGUCUCAUUUUUGUUUGGGUUAACAACAACAUAUAUAUAUAUAUAUAUAGAUAUAUAUAUCUAUCUAUAUAUAUGUAUAUACAAAAUGAAAAUGCUAACCAUCCGUGCAAAGUUUGAUUGCCUUUUGCAAAAUGUAUUGAUAUUAAUGCAUACCCCCCUUUAUUUAUCGAAAUGUGCUCUGCUGUGCUGGCAUGAGUUUCAAGCUCCUGAUGAGUGUAGCGAUGUUAUUGCAAUGAGCACUCCGUCUGCGGACAUGUGAUUCUUGGUAUGACAAGUCCACCCAUUUAAAAACACACCUAGAGUUUUUUGCAGUCAAGCAAAGGCUCUUUUUAUGGGUCUAGUUGCAAUCCAUCCUCAGGAAUUUUUUUUCUUCUCGUUUGAUUUUUUUGCUGUUUGAAAUACGUUUUAGAUAUUUAAAUAAAUGCUGCUGCUCAUUGUUCAAAUAAUUUUAACUUUUGUGAAGAUUUCUUUUUUGUUUUUCUAAUGUUGUGGUUUGAGUUUACAGUAGAUCAUGGCUGGGAACUUUGACUCAGACGUACUUUAUGUUUAAGGAAGAAUGUGGUCACCUCAUUAUGCUUGCUAUGCUUCGUGUAGUCCUGCCCAAGCUGCACUUCUUGUGUCUGGUUGGUUUAUGAAGAAGAAGAAGAAGAAACUCUAACGCCAACACUUGGCUGAACUCGCGUCCAGUCAAACUCUCACUGUUCCACAGUAUCAUGAAUUUAAAUCGCAUUUUUCUAAGUAACACACAGUCACUGCACAGAUUUGGAGUUCUGCUGCACUAGCAAAGCUGAACCCACUAUGAAAGAUGAAAUGCUGCAUUGGUUCUGUCAACAUUUUAUUAAAAAAAAACAAAAAAAAAACAACAACCACAAAACAAGCAAAGUUGCUGAAAUCCCCUAAAUAAAAAUGUCAAUACCCCUUUUUCUGUGCUGUCGGGGAAAAAAGUCCUUUAAUGCUUUUGAUUGUUGAGUCAGAACUGCAGCACAGAACAUUCUUUGUGAUAACGAUCCCUUUCUCAUGCAUCAUAGUUGUGAUUGAUAGUUGCAUUCCAACAUUACAAGAUUAUCAAACUUGAGUAUCUCUUAUACACUGUGCAUGGCAUCCUUUACGCCACCAUUAUUUAAGUGUCUUAGCUACUUUUUUUUCACAUUAUCAUAUUUUAUUUCUGGGAGGAGAGGAAAUGUAUCCAGUUGUGCCUGCAGAGUUUAUUUUCUAUUUUAUUUAAAUUUUUUUGGAGUGAUGAUCAAAUCCCUGAUGGUUUUUCUUUUAAUGCUGGGCCACAUCAUGCUUCAUCAAGGAUUUUUUUUUUAGGAAUGAGCUAACACUUGAAACACUUCUUCUGGAAUUCAUGCAUGCUGCUCUUCUGUUUACUGCGUUUUUCCUCUCCUCUUUCUUUUUGCAGUACCCACUUUGUAAAUGACCGCAACCGAAUAGCCAAUGAGUAACGGGGUGGGGUGGGGGUGGGUAAAUUGUAACUGAAAGCUCUUGUGUGUUCUCCUUGUAUGAAUGAAGAGAAUACAGUAUAUUACUGUAGGUGCUGACUCAAGCUUUCUGAGUUUGACCAGAAAGUGUGACUUGGACAUUUAAUGCAAAAUGUAACAUAUGUGAAUAAAAUAUAAACACACUGA